GAAAUGCCAGGAUGGCUUCGCCUGAGCCGGCGUGUUUUGUGUGUGGUGUUCAUAAGGAGGUUCUGAAGCGUUGUACUCGAUGUCGCUCUGUGUUGUAUUGUUCAAGGGAAUGUCAGGAAAUGGAUUGGCCCAAACACAAACUCAUGUGCAACCUUGGAAACAGGAGGCCUACUGACACCCAAAGUACAUUAAUUAACAAUUCCUCAACGCAACACAGGGAUACAGGAGAUUCCUAUUCAUGUGGAUCAAAACAUUCCAAACCUGUAUACAAUACUUCAGUCGACUUUAAAGGAGCUGCUCAAAGUCUUGGAAGGAGGACAGUAGAUGGAAGUGUUGAGCAACAGGUUGAAAUACCAGGUUUAGUGGAGGAUAGUGCGCAAGUGACUUAUUAUGAAAAAGACAAAAGCAAAGCGGACGUUCCAAAAUUAGACAAUUCCUUGCCAACAUUGAAAAUAACGCUGAAGUGCGAUAAAGAGAAGUACAAUGUUGUUUUAAAUAUUGGCUGGUCUGGUGAUGAUAUGAUGAAACAUAUUGCAGGGUCUGUGUCAGUGCCAUUAGAUAAGUUGAAAUUAAUCCACAAAGGGAAACUUGUUGACCAGACGAAUGUGAAAGAAUUCUUAAAGGAUAAGGCGGUAUUUCAAGCUUUUGGAGAGAAGACGGAAAAUGACACCGGGCUGGAUGGUAGGGACAUUGAUGUGUUGAUGACGCAGCUACAUGUUGAUCGAAACACUGCAGUUAAGGCGCUGAGAAAGUCGGGAGAUCUGAUGGAUGCAAUGUUAGAACUUGGAUCGAAAUAAACUUGCAGGCAGGAAAACUCACUUCAGUACAUGCAGUAUUGGCCGUGAUAAUGUAUGUCUUGACGAAUCUAGACAAAUUGAAGAACCCGCAGCUUGAUAUGUACUUGUAUGAAAUAUUCCAAACACAUAUUGUUAGGCCUACUUGCACGAUUGCCACAGGUCGGAAGCCGCGUUCGUUCACCAUCGCAGUAGUCGUGGCAUAUUUCUUAAUAUUUUUAGGCUGUUACUUGAAACUAUCGCUUGCGAGACAUGCGAAAGGAGAGGUAAAAAAAGAUUUUGCAUUUUUAAGAUGCGGUUAUCGAAGAAAAAA